AUGGGAAAGACGCGCGUCAUCUCCAAGGGAUACCGGCAUGGCACACGCGACAAGUAUUCCAAGAAGUACCGCACCAAGGGCAGACCCGGACUGGCCAGGUACUUGGUGAACUUCAAGCGGGGUGACUACGUGGACAUUGUCGCGGACCCCUCGAUCCAGAAGGGAUUGCCCUACUCCUUCUACCACGGGCGGACGGGCAUCGUCUUCAACGUGAACCGCAACGCCCUUGGGGUGGAAAUGACCAAGAUUGUGGGCAACCGCCAGCUGCGCAAGCGCAUCCACGUGCGCAUCGAGCAUGUGCGCAAGUCGCGGUGUAACGAGUCCUUCUUGCACCGAGUGAAGGAGAAUGACAAGAAGAACCUAGGUUUUGCAUGGUUUUGCUUAAGGAAGCAGCAGGCCAAGAAAGAGGGCAAGAGCAUUGUUUGCAAGCGCAUCCCUGAAGGGCCCAAGGAGAUGAAGACCGUGACGGCCUCUCAGGAUGAUGUCGAGGUGCUUGCACCUCUGCCCUUUGUGGAGAACUACUUCUAA